AUGGAUAUAUUAGAGCUUGAUCAAGUUGAACCUGUAGUUGAGCUGUCAAGAAUUGCAGUUUCGUCUUCACAUGGGGAAGACUCUCCAUAUUUUGCUGGUUGGAAAGCAUAUGAUGAAAAUCCAUAUGAUCAAUUUCUUAACCCAUCUGGAGUCAUACAAAUGGGAUUGGCUGAAAAUCAAGUUUCCUUCGACUUAGUCGAAGACUACUUGGAGAAAAACUCAGAUACAGCUCUCUUUGGAAAUAAAGCUUCCGGAUUUAGAGAAAACGCCUUGUUUCAAGACUACCACGGUCUCCUUUCUUUCAGAAAGGCAAUGGCAACUUUCAUGCAACAAAUAAGAGGUGGAAGAGUCGAAUUCGAUCCGGCCAGAAUCGUCCUUACCGCCGGAGCAACCGCUGCCAACGAGCUUCUCACUUUCAUAUUAGCCAACCCCGGUGACGCCUUACUAGUACCAACCCCUUAUUAUCCCGGUUUCGACAGAGAUUUAAGGUGGAGAACGGGAAUAAACAUCGUACCAAUAAAAACCGACAGUUCAAACAACUUUACCAUUACACCCGAAGCUCUACAAUCCGCCUAUGAUUCCGCCGCCGCCUCAAACUUCACAGUCCGCGGAGUUCUAAUAACGAACCCUUCUAACCCGUUAGGCGUCGCUAUUGAAAAAACAGUUCUAAACGAAAUACUCGACUUCGUCACUAAAAAGAACAUUCACUUGAUAUCCGACGAGAUAUAUUCCGGUUCUGUUUUUUCAUCGUCUGAGUUCAUUAGCGUGGCUGAAAUCCUGAAGGAAAGGAAUUAUAAAGAGAAGGAAAGGGUUCAUAUCGUUUAUAGCCUUUCAAAAGAUCUAGGCCUCCCCGGUUUUCGAGUCGGUACGAUUUAUUCGUACAAUGAUAAAGUGGUGACGACCGCUAGAAGAAUGUCGAGUUUCACGUUGAUUUCAUCUCAAACGCAGCAUCUUUUGGCUUGUAUGUUAUCGGACAAGGAAUUUACUGAGAAUUAUAUAAAGACGAAUCGGGAUAGGUUAAGGAAAAGGUAUGAUAUGAUUAUCGACGGUUUGAGGAAAGCGGGGAUCGAAUGUUUGGAAGGAAACGCGGGUUUGUUUUGUUGGAUGAAUUUGGGUCCGUAUUUGAAUGAACCAACUAAGGAAUGUGAAUUGGAGAUAUGGAAAUCGAUUGUAAGUGAAGUUAAGUUGAAUAUUUCUCCAGGUUCUUCAUGCCAUUGUUCUGAACCAGGCUGGUUUAGGGUUUGUUUUGCUAAUAUGACUGAAAACACCCUUGAAGUUGCAUUGAAGAGGAUAUGUGAUUUCAUGGCUAAAAGGGUAAAGAAGCACAACAACCAUUAUUAA